AUGUCUCUGCUUCUCAACCAGCCCUCGAAGCUACUAUGCUUCCGGAGGAAAUCUGUUCUGGUAAGAUCCUCUCCUCUUCUCUCUAAUGGUUUAUCAUCUUCAUUGCGGCAAACUCCGCCUUGUACCAUCAUCGACGCUGUUCCAUGUGGAGAGGAUCUCGGAAAACUCGUCAUUUACAAUGCUAACGCAGUUCACUUCACUUACUUGGAAAAGAAGGUGCCUCUGGAGUUGGUGGAUAAUCCAAUGGUAACGAUCGGGUCGUCCCAUGGUUGGGUAGCUACUUUGAGUCAGGACGACGGAAUACUUCGUCUCCAAGAUGAUCUAAACCCGGCUGCAUCGGAUACAAACCCUAAACGCAUUCCCUUGCCUCCUCUUGUAACUCUGCCUCAUUGCCAAACUCAAAUCGUCACCAAUGUGUCAAUGUCCUCAUCUUCUCCCGAGGAUGAAAACUGUGUUGUGGCUGUCAAGUUCUUGGGACCUCAAAUCAGCUUUUGCAGACCGGCUCAACGUAACUCUGAGUGGAUCAAUGUCAGAAUCGCAAACCCUUGUUUCUACUCCUCUCGUGUCAUGUUUUCGGAGAAACAUGACUUGUUUCGCAUUCCCGGAUCAGGAGGCCAUAUCAUUGCUUCAUGGGAUCUCCACAAAGACAAGCACAAAAAUCCCAAGUUUCAGAGGUUGCGGUUCCAAAACCUUCCAAAGCUGACAAAGACCAAACGAGAGGUUAUGGAUUCGUGCUACAAAAGCGAACACUUGGUGGAGUCAAGAACCACCGGUGAAACUUUCUUGGUUAAGUGGUACAGGAAGGCCGUCUGGAGAGGUAUGUCGAAAUUGAGCACAAAAGCUUUAAUGGUGUUUAGGCUAGACGACGAAGGAAAUGCUGUUUACACUAAAGACAUUGGAGAUCUAUGCAUUUUCCUCUCAAAAUCUGAACCUUUUUGUGUCUCUCUUAGCUCCUUACCACGCAUGUUUUUCCCUAACAAUGUUGAAUACAUGGAUGCUGACGAAGACGGAUAUUUCAAUCUAGCCAGAUCCUCCAUCGUUGGUGAUCUUACUAGAAUGGGGACCGGUGUCUAUAUUCCACCUCAAAAUAUAGACAACUAG